AUCGCACUAAACCCCGUCCCCGAAUCAAAUGGAUCAACUUCGCCCAGCUGAUGAAUCUCGCGUGCUCGUUAUCUACACAGGGGGCACGAUUGGCAUGCUUGUCAGCGCCCAGGGCUAUGUUCCUGAGCCCUACUUCUUGACAGAGACUCUACGUAGCCAGAAACGGUUUCAUGAUCCCUUGCAGGACUCACUUUUCUCCAACGCCGCAUCUGUCGAUGGCUACAGGAACUGGAGCACCACAAGCGGCAGAUCGAGUCCCGUAGGCGCCUCGUCCAAAGCUACUGCCGCCAGCCUGCCUCAUCAGCCUACUUUACCUGUCCGUUCAUCGCGGCCCAUAGGCAGCCCCCGUGGCCUCGCAUCCUCUGAGAGCGAUGCUCUUACCCAAGGCCCUCAGCCUAUGUCCAAACGCGUGGCAGAGAAUGUUUAUGAAGCUGAUCUGGCUACACUGGUCACACCUCGGAGUAUGAUACCAGGGCAAAGCGGGAGCAAACGCAUCAGGUAUGCUAUUCUCGAGUGGAACCCGUUGUUGGAUAGUAGCAACAUUGAGAUAUCUGAUUGGAUUCGCAUCGCUACGGAGGUUGAGUUAAACUACUCCGUGUUUGAUGCUUUCGUUAUCCUGCAUGGGACAGAUACUAUGGCAUAUACCGCCAGUGCGCUCAGUUUUCUGUUAGAAGAUCUGGGAAAGACGGUGAUUUUGACCGGAGCUCAAAUCCCCCUCUCUCAGCUGCGCAAUGAUGCAGUCGACAAUCUCCUGGGAGCAUUGACAAUUGCCGGAAGUUUCAUUAUACCUGAAUGUAGCCUGUACUUCAACCAUACGCUCUUCCGAGGAAACAGGGUGUCCAAGGGAUCUUCAAACGAUCUCAAUGCUUUCCAUAGCCCGAACUUUCCGCCGCUCGUAAACGUUGGCAUUGACAUUGAGGUCAACUGGAACGAUGUUAUCCGACAGACAAGCCUUAGACGCUUCAAAGCACAUAAGAACCUCAGCCCUCAUGUCGCUGCUCUGCGCUUGUUUCCAGGCAUCACUGCGGCGACCGUGAGGGCGUUUCUUAUGCCUCCUGUGCACGGCGUUGUCCUUGAGACCUUCGGCGCCGGAAACGCGCCACAAAGAACGGAUCUCAUGGAGGCUCUCAAAGAAGCGUGCGCGCGAGGUGUCAUCAUCGUGGCAAUAUCUCAAUGCGCUAAGGGAUCAGUAUCCGAUGCAUAUGAAACUGGUAGGACCUUAUUGCAGGUCGGUGUGAUCCCCGGUGGAGACAUGACACCAGAGUGUGCGCUCACCAAGCUCAGCUACCUGCUGUGCAAACCAGAGCUGACGGUGGAGGACGUUCGCACGUUCAUCGCGCAGCCCUUGCGAGGAGAGCUCACCCGCCGAGCGCACUCCGUCCCCGCGAAACCGUCUGUUGAAGGCGAUGCUGAGAUCAUGCACAACAUCCUCACUCACCUAGUGACAACAUCGUCUUUCAACCGAGAUACCCCUCAAAUCGUGGUUUCCCCUUCUUCGAGCAGCGAAAAAAUGCAAGACAUUCCCGCACCAUGGACUAGGACUGCUGCUGAAGCUGCUACGACUGAGGCUGCUCUUUUACCCUUCUUGGCCCAUCUAGCGGCAGCAAAGGAUCACUUAGAGUCUCUCAAAUUCUGCCUCGAGACUGCAGCGCUGGACUUGGAAGAACGAGAUGUGACCGAUCUGGCUAUACCCGGAGGAAUAAUCAAUUGCUUAGAACCUGGAAGUGGAAGAUCGCCGUUGCACGUUGCUGCUCUGAAUGGAAGCACUGAGUGCACAGAACUGUUGCUACGAUCUGGUGCACUAGUUCAUCUUAGAGACACCCUUGGGCAUACUGCUCUGUACUAUGCGGCACGUCAAUGUCAUGGACCUAUCGUCGACUUACUAGUGGCAGCGGGCGCUAACCUCAGUGGCUUCGAGAUUGAUGCUGGCUUCACCAAUGUAGCUUUGCAGUGUGCCGUAAGAUCAGGAAACAAACAGGCUCGAAGGGUAUGGGAAAAGGCGGGUAUGGAACUGCCACUAGAGAGUUGAAUGUACUGUAUGUAGAGUAUGCUACACAAAAAUUGCCAAGUAAUCAGGAAUAUGAGGCGCUCAGAAUUAACUUAGGCUGUAACCUAUGAUACAGUCAGUUCGAAAUCAAGCAUGAAAAUCGCCGCCUCGCGUAAGCAAGAUGAAAGCCGUUAAUCGUCAUCGUCCACCAAGUCUACCACCUCGGGUUGCUCCUCGGGUUGCUGAACUGAGAUCCCCUUUUCAGCCUUGUAUGCAUUCCCGACCUUCUCUGCAAGUGUAUUAAAGAAGAGCGCAUGUUGAGAAGCGGGGAACGUAAAUGAACCGCUGAGGAACUCAAGUCUUUCAACGAAUAUCUGAGAUUCCUGAUCCAGAUGCAACGGAGUAUAACGAGCGCGAUCUUCUGAUUCGGUUGAUUGGUUUUCCUCCCCUGGCUCGCUAUCAGGAGGCCCAUAGUAGAGACGGAGCAUAAAGUUGAUGCCUGCAUGUGCGAUUUAGUAAUGGUCUGCAAGGUCAGUACUUGACGCACUUUUCUGCAUUGUAAUUUCCUCGUCCUCGUCAUCUCGAGCUGACUCUUGC